AACACGAGAAUCUGGGACUUGGUUGCAGAAUUUUGAAGUUGACCUGUCCUAUUCGGCUUUGGCUUAACUGAAACGAACCGAACUAACAAGCAAAGCAGCAGAAAGAAGAUGCAUAACCAAUACCACUACGCGACGUCGUUUUUACGCAACAGCGUCUGUGGCGACCUUUUCUGUAGCCAAAACGCAACGGUGACGAAGGAAGCAACGCACGCACGCAGAAAGCAACAAUGGACGAUCACAUGGUGAAGGGACAUAUACUAGCCAAGAAAGCGGAGAACAAGCUCCACGCUUGUUGCCCCUUGUUCGGUGCCAAAGUCGAAGACGCCGCUCUGUUGUUCCACAAAUCCGCUACUUCCUUCAAACUCGCCAAAUCAUGGGACAAGGCGGGCUCACUCUUCGUCGAAUCGUCUGCAUGUCACAUAAAGUUAGGUAACAAGCAUGAUGCUGUAAAUGCUUAUAUCGAAGGUGCUCGUUGCUACAAGAAAACUUCAUUACAAGGAGCUGUUUUCUGCUUAAAUAAAGUAGUGACAAUCUACGAAGAGCUUGGUAGGCACAUCAUGGCUGCUAAGUAUUCAAAGGAAAUUGGCGACUUAUGUGAGCUCAACAAAGACAUGGACUGUGCUAGAUUGCAUUAUGAGAGGGCUGCUGAACUUUUUGAAAUUGGAGAUGCAGCAACCUCUGUGAUACAGUGCAAGCUUAAAGUUGCACAAUUUUUUGUCCAGCUUCAACAAUAUCAGAUGGCAAUUAAGAUUUAUGAAGAUAUUGCCCGACAGUCACUGAAUAGCAACUUGUUGAAAUAUGGAGUUAGAGUACAUCUUCUUAAUUCAGGCCUUUGUCAGCUUGUUAAAGGGGAUUUUGUUGCAAUUUCCAACUCUUUGGAGCUUUAUCAGGACUUGGAUCCCACAUUCUCCACAACCCGUGAAUACAAAUUUUUGGCUGAUUUAGCUGCUUCAAUUGACGAGGAAGAUGUUGAAAAAUUUACUAGAGUAGUCAAGGAGUUUAAUGACAUAACCCCAUUGGAACCUUGGAAGUCAACCCUUUUGUUGAGGGUAAAGAAUGUUUUGAAAGAAAAAGAGAUGCAAGAGGAAGAUUUAACCUGAAUCAAUGGCUACUUCCAAAAAGCAUCAUGGUACUUUGUCCAGAUGGUGGAAGUUCUGAAGUGCUUAUAAGAAAAUUGAGCAUCCAAGACACGAAAGGGUUUUGGUGAAUCCGGGGUUUCUUGGUCGAGAAUAAAAACCUAAUCUUGCUACAUGCUUGGAAGAUAAGAUGGUCUUAGAUUGUUUGGUGUCUGUUUCGUUCUUUCACGAGACUCCAUUACAUGUAGAAGACGGCAACAACUGCUUCACUGUCAUAUUAUAAGUUUAAUAAUUUGCAUUUCACGAAAUGACGAAAGAAAAUAUCACUGUUCUGUACUGAUUUAUGUCUAUUUUUGGCUUCUGCUACUUUUCA